UUCUCAUGCUCGAGAAGACAAAGUCAAUAGAGUGCAGACUGCAGAGUGGACGGAACGUUUAUGUUAUUACAAAUAUUUUAAAGGUGUUUUAAGUGAUUGAACAUAGUAAGAAAGGUCAUAAAAACUGGAGCUAAGGUGCAAGUUAUGCACUUAGCUGUGUAUUUGCCGUGAAUCUUUGUUACGUGUGCUUCAAAUUAAAUUUAAAAAACCUGCCAUCAAGUGCAAGAUAUUGUGAAAAUAAGCAAAAGCGAUUGGUGUGAUCAUUUUUGUCGAGUAAUUAACGUGUGAAAGAGAGACAUAGCAAAAUGUCGACCAGCGAGAUUGAAGAAUUCGUAAAUGGAGCACUUAUUUCGUGGAUUGAGUCAUGCCUUCCACGUCACGAAAUCGACGGAUAUGUUUCUCUGUUGGAUGGAACCAUUCUACAUGCGGUGUAUCUUCAGAUAGAUCCCGAGCCACAAUAUCAUCCAGUAAAGCUAAAGAAUAUAGAAGGGAUAUCGCUAGCGUCGAGUCGUGCACGAAACUUUGACGCUAUUGUUCGAAAUUUGCGCAACUUGUACGAUGAAGAACUUGGCCAAACUAUACUAACUUUACCGGACUGCGCAAUUUUAGGCCAGUUUCCUGAAUCACGUGCCGGGUUGGAUCAGAUGAAACUCAUGAUCACACUGCUCCUUGGUGCUGCAGUUCAAUGUCCGAAUAAAGAGAUGUUUAUCGCGCGCAUAAAGGAGCUUGAUCUAGAUACACAACAUGCAAUUGUCGAAGUUAUUAAACAAGUGACCGAUAGUCAAACUUUGGUGCUGACACAGGAAGCAUUAGAUCAACUUCCAUCGGAAACUAUGUGCAAACAUAUUGUGCGACUAGCUAAAGAACGUGAUCAAUACCACAGUAAGUGGAUGUCCUCGGUGGUGUCAGACACGGACACCAUAAACAGCUCUAGCUCGAAAACGAGCUUGCACAAUUCUUCAUCGGCGGUCACAAGCUCAGCCAAUACGCCUUCCACAUGUUCGGAAAACAAUCACCUAGCCGUGGAGCUAGCUGAUUACAAAUCAAAAUUGAGGAAGCUGCGCCAAGAGCUGGAGGAAAAAUCCGAAAUGUUGAUGGAAGUCAAAGAAGAGUUGGACCAUAAAAGUACCCAAUACGAUAAAUUGCUAGUAGAGAAUCAGGAUUGGUGCACGGAAGCCAGAAGAGCUGCUGCUUAUCGUGACGAGGUCGAUGUUUUGCGCGAACGAGGCGAACGAGCGGAUCGUCUUGAGUUGGAAGUUCAGAAACUAAGAGAAAAGUUAUCCGAUGCUGAAUUUUAUCGAUCUAGAGUGGAAGAGUUGCGAGAGGACAACCGCAUGCUGCAUGAAACCAAGGAAAUGUUGGAAGAGCAGCUGAUUCGUUCUCGAAAGCGAAGCGACCAGGUUAUGGUUUUAGAAACAGAAAUAAUCAAAUUCAAACAGAUGCUCAAUGAUAUGUCACUAGAGCGCGAUGUAGAUAAAAGCAAACUGCAGGAAUUGUUGGAGGAAAACGUACAAUUACAAUUGGCAACGAAAAAUUUAAUGUCCGGUCCGGAGGCAGCCGUAAAUCAAAACCAUUCAGAUACGGAAGAAGACGUACCUUCGAACGACAACAGUUUGUCUGAUCAGUUAACCAGCAAUGCACAGUCACGUGCAUUAAAAUUGGAAUUGGAAAACCGUCGUCUUCUAGCAGCCUUAGACAGUCUCAAAGAAUCUUCCUUCCACGAAUCAUCCAAUAAAAUUUUGGAGCUGGAAAAGGAUAAGAAAAAGUUAUCUCUUCGUCUGGAACAAGUGCAAGAAAAUUGUAAUCGCCAAGUGCAACAGAAUGCAGAACUGGAAAGUGUGUUCAAAAAUGCUCUGGAAGAAAACAAAAAGCUGCAGGAUGCUCUUGACGCUAAGCAGCAUGUUUUGGACAAGCAAAGUAACGAUCGGGAGCUUGACCGAAUUCGUCAAAUCGAUUUGGAAAAACAAAUCGAAAGCUUGACUAAAGAUAAGCAACGAGUGCAGAAUCUAUGUGAAAGUAUUCAGCGAAGAUCUGCAGACUUAGAGCGAUCCCUAGAGGUUAAAACGAAAGAAGUCCAUCAACUGAACGAGCGAUGUGCGGAACUUGGUUCACUUAAGAAAGAAUUCUAUGAGCUUAAUGCAAAAGUGUCGUCGUUGGAGAAGGAAAAUGUUGGACAAGCAAAGGAUAUUGUAAAAUACAAAGAAAUAUUAGAACAAAAAGAUGUCGAACUGGACGAACAUGUCGGUAAACUGGAGCAAAGAGAAAAGGAUAUAGGACAAUUGCUAAAACAGCUUGGCGAAAGCGAUAUCAGUGAAAAGAAGAUACAGAAUUUGGAGAAAACAAACCAAGAACUUCUUUCGCAAACAAAGAUACAGGAUUCAACCAUAGCGGCCUUGCAAAAAGAUUUAUAUAAUGGAACUUUAGCGACCAAGAAGGUAAAGCAAAAUUUGGAACGACUGGGAUUAUCCGAUAGCGACAUAGAAAAAACAGAUAUGAAUGUCGAAGUGUUUGUAGAAAAGCUUUGCAAAAAUCCAGAAUCGUUUAAAACUGUGCGAGAAAUUGUUCUUAACGCUGGUAAAGAGAUUAGAAAGUCAGCGGAUAUAUGUGUGCUCUGCCAUAAACAGGAAAUAUACACAGUUGAAAAAGACAUAGAAUUCUCCAACUGCGAUGAACCGGUUGUGCCGAACGAAUUGGAACUCAAGUUAAACCAGUUGAAAGAUGAAAAUUUGACUCUGCAAGCAACAAAUGAAUCUCUUCAAUCAGCAAACGAAUCUCUUCAAGCUGAAAAUGCCCGUCAAAAGGUGGAAGUAGCGACGUUGGGAUCGCAGAUCACCUCUUUAAAUACUCAGCAUAUAGCAUUGCAACUAGCUAAUUCUCAAUUGGCCGCAGAAAAGGAUAUGCUCGUGAAACAAGUUGAAGCAAAGAAGCAAGCUUACGAGUCCCUUCAGCACGAUCAAGUUACUUUACAAUGUCUACACGAGCAGCUAAGUAGCGAAUACGAUUCACUCAAUGGCGAAAAAGAAAUUCUGAAAAAUUGUAAUCGCGAUCUUAAGACGGAAAACAGAGGACUCAAGGAACAUGCUCUGGUUGUUGGAAAGCAAGUGGAGGACUACAAACUUGAACUAGCCUCUAUGAAAGAUAGCAUGACAAAUUUGGCGAACUUGAGAGCGGAACACUCAAAACUGAAAGAUGAUUUUCGCAGCUUGUUUACAACCAGUGAACGGUUGAAGCAAGAGUUUAAAAAUCGCCAAGAGCAAUAUCGUGCUUGCAGAGCGGAAAAUAGUCGACUUAAAUUGCAGAACACUGAGCUAACUGGUGAAUUGAGUAACAAGGGAGAACACAUUACUAAUCUUGAGAUAGAAUGUACCAAAAUGUAUCAAAAAUGCGAGAUUCUUGGACAAACGAUUUCGAGCUUGGAUAUAGAUAGGCGUACGCUAAUGGAUCACGUGUCACAGCUCUUUGCCCAAUAUCAUGAACUUCUGGGGCAUUCUUUAGAAGACAAACAGCACUAUCACGAAGAAGAAAAGAACUUUACUGAUCGAGUGAAUAAUUUGCAUCGCCAAAAAGAAAAGCUAGAGGAGAAAAUUAUGGAACAUUACCGGAAAUUGGAUAGUUGUUCACCGAAGAAGAAAGCAUUCGGAAUGAAUUUUGUCAAAAAAGUACGAAAGGCAGGCACAGAACUCAUGAAUCGGGUUCCAAAUCGUAAUCGUCGCUCUUGGGUCGAUGAACCGCGUUUAACUCAGUCUCAAUUUACACUUGGGUCAGAAUCCGGUGGAAAUGAGUCCGACAAUAGUAUAGAGGAACCUAAUUCGGUAGCUUCAGACACGAAUCUGCUACAAAGAAAUUCAGUUUCGCGUCAAAGUUUACAACGGAAACCCAAUAAUGAAGCUUUAAAUACAAGUUUGCUAAGAGGUGGCAUUAGAAGUAGUUUACAGGCCUCUCGUAGAGACGAGGCAACACAGGCACACAGAAAUAGUUUUCCAGGUUUUGACUCUGGGAACGAUGCUUUAAACCUUGGAACAGCUGGAACACGAAGAACAGUAUAUUUGAUGGAUGAAAAGGCUUCGAGUGCUGCCAAUUCCGAAUCUACUGCUUCUACUGACGCAGCUGCCGGUGCAUCUGGUUCUCCUCCACCAUCAUCAAUAACUAUUACUCCUUCGACAAUAAAUUCAACAAACCCAGCCGGUAACAACCAAAAUACUUCUAGUGCAACCACUUCUAGCACCGGUACAAAUACAACUACAGGAAAUAAUGAGGCAUUUCUUUUGCUCAAUCGAGUUUCUACAACGACAACACUUAAAACUACUGAAUCAACUACCGCUCCACAAACAAUGGUAGUAAAUCUGAAUCCUUCAGGGAACUCUCCCUCAACAAACACUGGCACUGCAGGGUCAGUAACAGACGACGUUAAUGCAAAAGACACUGCCAACAAAAAAUCAAAAAACGACGCAAAAAAUAGAGAAAGUACCAUUUGGUAUGAAUAUGGGUGUGUAUGAGAAUAAAGCUAAUACCUUAAAUAGAUAAGGUAUUUCGACGAAAUAUUAAGUUAGUAACAGUAUGCAUUUUAUCGCAACACUAAAGCAACGCAACGAGCAACGAUAGACAGAGCAUUUGAAGUUUUUCUAUUAGUAACUUCCAUGCAGUAACAGACAGAAUUAUACAUGAGAUUUGGAAUUUGAAACAAUCCUACAGGAAAGCAUGACUUUAAAUAGCCUUGGAACUUAUUAUUAGUAUAAUAUAAUAGCGCUUUAGAGUGUUUCAGUACUUUUUACUUUCGCACAAUAAAGCUAGGUGCAUAGUGAUUAGGGCCGCGAACUUAAACAACGAUUUUUAAUGAGAAAAAAAUUCUUGUAGUUUCUGAAUCUGCUUCGUUACCAACUACAGGAUUGUAAGAUUAGCAUUUGUAAAGUUGUAAAAAACUGUAUUUAUUAGGACUUCCGCGUAUCUCAUUUUUAUAUAGCCGCUAUGUUCCAUGAUAGUAUCGUAGCUUGAAUUAUGCAUAAAUGUGAUAGAUUAAUCUACUGUUUAUUAUAAUUAUAACUCUUUUGUAUUAGUAUUGUUUUAAAAUAUUUUGUAAUAAACUUAAACUU